AUGCGGUCCCAUCGGUUGGCGCCUCUCUUCGUGCUGCUCUCCAUCUUCAACUCCGCGACGGUGAUGUCCCGCCAGCAGACGCCAUAUCGCCUUCCCGAGGAGCAACAGGCUGAGGAUACAUUGAGGCUGGCGUACCAUCUGGCGCUGAACAGCGAGACGAGCGCAUCCAAUGAACUGCUCAAGAAGUAUACCCCUGGCCCGGGCGAGCAACCGCCGGAUGACGUGCCAGUCGCGUUUUACGUUACUUGCGCAGAUGUGGCGGGUGAAGCGGCAGCAUAUUUCAAUUAUGACCUGGACGACUUAUAUAAGAAAAGGGUGUCCGUCGAACAGCUAGACGUGGAAUACUUGGAGAUCAAGACAGUCUUCAAUAAGGCGUGCCAAUCAUCGCGUAACUGGGCGCCACCCCAUGUAGUUCUUCCCCGACCAGCGACGCUUCCCGUCUACGCGUGUCUGGCGGUCGUCGACCCGAUCGCGGCUUCGACGUCGACUACGAUGGACGUCGAGACGCCGCCCAAGAGGCUUCGCCGUGAGGAGAAGGCCCUAACAGUGCGCUUCCGCCCCCGUACCGGCUCGGAGUUUACCCUCAAAAUAAUGCCCACUAUCAAGAUCUCCGCGCUCAAACGACAGCUGCUCGCCACUGGAAGAUUCCCCGGUGUAUCCGCCCGCCGAAUCCGGCUCUACUAUUUUCCCAUGCAUAUCGAUGAUUGCCGGACGUUCGAGGAAGCGCACUACGACGAAACACCGGGCAAGCCCCCUCAUCGGCCGUGCCUUCAAGGC